AUGAGGAACUCUGUCCAAAUCCUACUCGUCGCCGCCCUCCUGGCUGUCGCUGUUGCCGUGGACGGGGCCACGAUUGACGACUCUGUAAGCAUCAGCUCAGAGGAUGUUGACAAAGCACUCUCUACCCUCCGAGCGUCUCCUUAUGCCAAGUCAGCCCCAAUCCUCGAGAGGUUCUUCCGAACCAUCAAGCGGGUGAACGGAACCGCCAAGGCAACGCCUGUGACGGUCCUGCAGCCGAUAAACCCGCUCAAAGUGGUGCGCAAUUGGUGGCGCUUCUCCGCGGGCGAGCGCAGGAGCGUGGCGCGCUACCACAUGCUCAAGGGCGUGUACGGCAAGAGAAAGCUCCGCAACGCCGCGCGCUUCACCAAGUUCCCGACAUACGAGGGCGGAAAGGUCACCAAGCUGUCCGGCAGGAUCCUGCCCACCGUGGUUCUCAAGGGCGGCUCGGACAUUCUCCCCGCUGUGGUCGUCUAUCCCAACUUCUAUAUCACCAAACACUUUGCGCUGCACAUCAUCUCCACCUCCUUGACCCCUGGCGACGUUUGA